AUGUCCACGAUACAUGUCCCAGAGGCAGAGGCUGUCAGACGGAUUCAAGAUCUGCUGCCUACUUGUCAGAACGACCGCCCCAGGGUGGCGGCCAACAAGGCUGCGUGCUCAUGUUACACGGCCUGUACCAACGUCUCGCUUAUUCCAGCUCCAACCAUAUUGAGCGAAGCACAUGGACAAGAAUGGGAGCAUCUGCAUUUGCCGACACUUCAGCUGAGCUCUGAGCUGGCAGUGUCAGCACAGCCGCCUCGUCUUUGGCCUGAUGCAUCCAAUACUUCUUGGCUCGAUUGGCCAUACCAGGGCAACGUCGUCGCAUUGCAAUCCUCCUCAUCCUCUAGCACAGACACCACACGUCAUCGACCAAAUAUCGAUACUACAUCUCGCAACAUGUCCAGACCCAGUCAGCAGGGUCAAUUCGACACCCUGAAACAAGAAUUGACCCACGGCAGUCCCGUUAAAGGAGACGCAGCAGCAGACGUCGUCAAGACUGCCACCGUGGGCGCUGGAGCUGGCUCUGAUGUCUCGGGUUUGGGAAACGCAAUCGGAGCUGCGGUCACUGCCGGAGUAGGUGCAGUGGAUAUCAAGGCCAACCACGAUUUCAAGAAAGCUAUCGUAGAGAAUCGAGAAGCGGGCAACUUUUAUUCUGAUCCGAAGCAGAACCACUCAUACACUGAGGAUCCGGCUUUCGGUGGGCAGGGACCUGAAUAG